GUAGAGGAUCAUGGCCGAGGACUAUUGGGAGUGCACGGCGGAUUCGGGAUAUAAUUACUGCUGUUGAGAUUAGACGAUCGACACACAUACACACACACAGGAUUUCAAGUCCACGGGGCGCUUAAACAGUGGCAGCCCCUCCACCCCCUUCAUCUCGUCCCCCCCUCCCCCCACUGAUGGACCGCAUGAGGAAGAUCAAAAGGCAGCUGUCCCUGACGCUGCGAGGGGGUAACAGCGGGGACAAGACCAUGAACGAGACCAUCAGCUCUCAGGACACAGGAGCGCACAGCGAUUCCGAGGCCAUGCCAGUUGGCAACAGUGGUGGUCUGCGGGGUUCAGUGAGAGGUUCGGGGGGUUCCUUCAGCAUGCACUCCCUCCUGCAGUCGUACAGCAGCGCUCUGCGCAGACCACGCAGCCUGGGCCGCAGUCUCAGCUCCUAUCUCAACCACACCACGCGCCUCGAGAUCGUCCAUGAGGAUGUGAAGAUGGGUUCGGAUGGAGAGAGCGAUCAGGCUUCGGCCACGUCCUCAGAUGAGGUGCACAGCCCCGUCCGAGUGCGUCUGAGAAACAACCCCGGCCGCAAGAUUUCCUCAGAGGACAUAAACAAGCGUCUUUCUCUGCCUGCCGAUAUCCGGCUUCCUGAUGGCUACCUGGAGAAAUUCAACCUCAACAGUCCGCUGUUUGACAAACCGCUCAGCCGAAGAUUACGCCGAGUAUCUCUGUCUGAGAUCGGUUUUGGGAAGUUAGAAACGUAUGUGAAACUGGAUAAACUGGGAGAGGGUACCUACGCUACAGUUUAUAAAGGGCGCAGUAAGUUGACGGAUAACCUGGUGGCUCUAAAGGAGAUCCGUUUGGAGCAUGAGGAAGGUGCUCCAUGCACUGCCAUUAGAGAAGUGUCUCUUCUGAAGGACCUUAAACAUGCCAACAUCGUGACUCUUCACGACAUCAUCCACACUCAGAAGUCUCUGACGCUCGUGUUCGAGUACCUGGAUAAAGACCUGAAGCAGUAUUUAGAUGACUGUGGAAACUGCAUUCAUAUGCACAAUGUCAAGCUCUUCCUGUUUCAGCUGUUGCGCGGUCUGAACUAUUGUCACAGGCGCAAAGUCCUUCACCGAGACCUCAAGCCCCAAAAUCUUCUGAUCAACGAUCGUGGAGAGCUGAAACUGGCUGACUUCGGUCUGGCACGAGCGAAGUCAAUUCCCACGAAGACCUACUCCAAUGAGGUGGUGACGCUCUGGUACCGCCCACCUGACAUCCUAUUGGGCAGCACAGACUACUCCACUCAGAUUGACAUGUGGGGUGUUGGCUGUAUCUUCUAUGAGAUGUCUACGGGUCGGCCCUUGUUCCCGGGCUCCACAGUAGAGGAGGAGCUUCACUUUAUCUUCAAACUGCUCGGUACGCCCACAGAAGAGACCUGGCCUGGAAUAACCUCCAAUGAGGAAUUCAUCUCCUAUAACUACCCCCGUUACCGCGCCGACUGUCUCCAUAACCACACUCCACGAUUGGACAACGAUGGAGUCGAGCUUCUGUCCAAACUGCUGCAGUUUGAGGGGAAGAAAAGAAUCGCGGCAGAGGAAGCCAUGAGACACCCAUACUUCCACUGCCUGAGCGAGAGAGUUCUCGCUCUGCCAGACAUUACAUCAAUAUUUGCACUUCAAGAAAUUAAGCUGGAAAGGGAGCCGGGCAUGAGGACGAGCUCACUGUCAGAAUCAGAGCUUUUGCAAAGAUGUCUAAGGUUCCGUCACACCUUAGUCAACAGCAUAUCUCAACGGCAGAGCCUGCUCUUCUGAACGCACGGGCGGAAAGGACAGGAAGACGCGCCGAGACGUUUCCUGUUGUGAAGAUGAAGGGAUGUUUUUUCACUGCUUUUCUGUGGCAUUAUGUGCUUAGAAGGGGUCACUGUAGCUGUUUACAUAGAGAGGCUGACGACGAAGUCAUGUUUUGUUCUUGAUUUGUGUACUUGUGCACCCUGCCCCUUCCCUGUAUACAUGACAUGCAUAUACAUGUUUGCUAUACCUUACCAACGGAGUUGUGUACCACCGAUCCAACCACUGUAAUCAGAUGCUGAAUGUUGUUGGAUAUCGGAUGGUUUCCUGUGCGUAGCCUCUUCUUUCAUUGACUGAUGCUUUUUGCAAUACUCUGUUAAAAGUGUUAAAAGAAGGCCAUUUUAUGAAGGAAUAUGUCACAAAGCUAUGAAUGCUAUGAAUAUCAAUCAACAAUAAGCCAAGUUUAUAAAAGUGAUGGAAAUCACUAUAGUCUUCCAGAACAAUAGUCCUCCACCUUUAGUGUAAUCGUCCAAAAGCCAACAUUUUAGUACUAUGCCAACAUAUAUAAUCUGUGAUCAUUAAGCAUACAGGCUUUAUUUGCGUUCAUCAGAUUUUCGAAGUCUGUCCAUUUUUUACUUUUGUUUGCAAAAUCAUUUCAUUUUUAAUUGUUGUUAACAUGUUUUUGCCAUGCAAUACAUUUUGAUAAUCUAGAAAGUUAUUUCACCAAAGACCCCACGUUUCCUCCCACUUGGUUUAACCUAGUUUGAGCUUCCACGUCCAUCAUCAUUCACCCACCGAAGAAUCAGCUGCAUUGUGUCGAGGACGAACAUUGAGCCUCCGGAGUUCUCCAGGCUUUUCCCAUGAACACCUGGUAAUUCUUCCAUUACUGCAGCACUUCGAGCCGUCACUCUGGGUGAAAACUGAGCUCGCUUCAGUCUGUGAGAUGAGGACUUAUAAAUGGGAUGCCAAGGCUUGUGUGGAGAACGGGUUGACUCGUAUAGGGCUCAGGUUUCUGUCACUCUGCCGAACAGCUGAGCGGGCGGGAUAGUGUUCCACAUGUCGGCCCGGUUGUUCAUACUCCGCAGGGUUUGGAGCGCAUUGGUGUUGCGUUACACGCUGCAAAUUUAUCACACGGGUGUACCAGGGAUGCGCAAACCAAGGCCUCUGUGCACAAUAUCUGUCAUCUACAGUCCCACAGAUGUGAUUUUUGGGCGUCUGGGUCACGUUACACCUCAAAUACAAAAGAAAAACUUUAUUUUACGUAAAGGUCCACUUUAAGAGACUCAAACUUUCCCCACAACUUCUUGUUACUGUAAUGCAAAAUAAUAAAAAGAAUCUUUUUACAAUAGCAAUAUGAAAAGUAGGAUGUUCAGUGUUGUUCAUUUAAAUACGUUGUAUUUUGUUUGUAAAUUGUAUAUUUUAAAAUGGUAAUAUAUACACGCGUUGUAGUAUUUUUUUGUAAUGCAAGGUUCAGAACCAUCAUUUUGGAAUGAUGAGAAUUGCAAAACGAGCUUUUAAAUUAAGAUGUCUGGACUGCUUAAUUUUGGGGGCAUUUACAUCAAAUUGUAAUGGUUCCAGAAUAAGCUUCAUUUUCUUUAUUGGAAAAUAUUUGUCUUUUAAUUUUGAGGUGAAAUGUGACCCAAGUAUUUUCUCGUAAGACGCGCCAUAUCAGAGGUGAAUGCUGAUGAGGUUUCUAUUGUUUUUAGUAAAUCUAUAGUUUUUUAUUUGAUAUUUCAAGCAAUUCUAAAAUGUUUGGUCAGCUGGUGAUAGAUUGUGACCUCCCUUCUUCCCUGCUGGAGAUAACCUGUGAAUACCUGUUUGCUAUAUUUGUGUGUGUUUGAGAGAGAUGAGGGGAAUGCGGUCCUGCAUGGCAGUGUUUUAGACUUUGGUACAUUGUAAAUAGCCUUGGAAUGUUUUGUUUUCUGAUCAGAAGAGUGAAGAGUGCAAUGAAACGAUCCUCAUAACAAUGUAUAAUUUUUGAAAGAAGAAUAUCUUUUUUGUUAUACUUAUCUUUGAUGACAUUGUUAAUUGUGUUCUCAUUUUUUUAUGAGAUGUAGUAACCGAAUUACGUUACCAGGAGAUUUAUGCGCUGUAGAUAUUUGGUUUUGAUGUUUGUUAGUUCAUGAAAAUGGCUCACACUGAUUUAAAUCUUUCAUCUGGAACGCGUUAAGUGAAAGGGCUUCAGUGGCUAUAUGUGCUUGUGUGGUAGCCAACUUUUCAUUACUGCGCAAUAAUGGCUAAUUUACGCAACAACAUCGAUUUGUUUCUUUUUUAAUGAAAAUCGUCCCAGUUUUAAUUCCCCCCCCCAAAAAAACAGAUACACAAACAUUUUGCACCAGAAACAGCUGUUUGGCCCUUUCAUAAGUGUGACUUUGAAUGCAUUUGUACGUGGAGACAUUCUGAGCCAGUAAACAUGUUCAGUUCUCUGUAAUGGGUAAAGUUUUGAUGUUCUUGAAUGGGCAUUCUGUGCUAUAAGAAACUUGAUCAUUGAUCAGUAUUAUUUUCUUUUCCUAUUUUUGUAAUCGUUCUCAAGAUCCCAAAGUUUUAGGAUUUUCAGCCUUGUCACUGUUGUUUUUCCAGCUGGCAUUGGUCCAUGUGAAAUGCUGAGGAAUUAAGAGUUGCAGUCCGCUGUUCUAUAAAUAUGUUGAAAGCAGUAUAGACAAACACGUAAGCAAUACUCACUGGAAAUGCACAUCUCAUGGGUAUCUUAUGCAGGAAUCACUCUCAGAUGGCCAUAGUAUAUUUUUGGUUAAAAUUAAGUUAUGCACAUAUGAGUGGUCAUUCUUUCUGUGAGAAUCAAGGGAUGUUUACUCCAAAUAACAAUUGUAAAUGUUUAAUACAAAAAUCCUUUUUUAUAUUCUUUUGAAUGCAAUAGUUAAUUCUUUCAUUUAAAAAAAUGUGGUUCAGAUGUUAAAAUGGAAAACCUUUAAUUUCAUGCAGAAAUAUUGCUGACUGUUAUUUCCUGAUACUUGUAUGGAGUUCAUUUCCAACAAACUUGAUCCAUCUUUGUCAAACUCUUGAAUAUUGGCACAAACAAGCUGUAAAGCAUUCAGGUGCAUAAAGACAAAUGUGAAUCAUAUUUUGAGGAAAUACAAUCAAUGACCCAAACUUGAGUUCUUUUUUAGUUAAUUUUUGAUUUACUUCAGUUUAUGGACUUGGGCUGCUAGUGUGAAUAAAUGUAAUAAGAAAUGUUCACAUUCAUUUGACAUGUACAUCAGAUAGUUACAAUUCUUUCCCAUUUGUAUCGCAUUUACAAGUCCACACAUAAUCUGUUUACUGCUGACUAGCUUUACAUCAAAAACUUUGCUUGUUCAUGGUCAGGGACAGUAUAUGGUUAUACUAUAACUGCAUAUUAAUCGAUUUUUGUAUUUAUUUACAAACCUUACAUUAAAUCUUACCCUGAUAUGUUUGAUUCAUCAUAUUCACUUGUUGGCAACCCCUACAAGGUUUAUAUACAAAUCAGAGGUGUGAUAAAUGAUUUUGGUCCCAGGUUGAAAUGUGCCUUCCAAAUUCAAUACAAAAGUAUUACAGUUUUGAUGUGAAAUUUUGUUAGUGAUGUCAAACACAUUUGACAAAUCAAAUAACUGUCAUGAAUGACACAGUACGAUUUGACCCAUCAUUAAGUCCUUUUCAUUUUUCUCAUCUAAAAUCAAACCCAAUCAACCUGGAAAAUUGAUACGGAAGAAAUCAUACACUUUAUUUCAUAUUUCAUUUCAAAUCCAAAUGUCCCUCCAUUACACACUGGCAAUAUUUUGUGAUAUUUUUAGCACUUAAAAUUAGGAUUUUCAACUUGAUGAUCUGUCUCUUGGUAUAAAUCUACGCAGUUCCAUAUCAUAUCAUAUGAUUUUUAAACCGUAGAUACGCGCUUUAACAUGUAUUAUACAGCAACGUGAUUUGGUGACUGCUUCUUAGCUUUUGCUGUCGGUCAAUGCCAAAGUUAUCUGAAGCCUUGCAUGGGUUGGUGUUUAAUUUUUCCAAGGAAUGUUACAAUGCUGACACCCUGCUUUGUGUUUCUUACUGAGCCAGUUUUACUGAUGUGAAUUACUGUUAUGAUAAAAUCACAUACACAUCUUUGAAAAUGUUACAUAAGGCCUAAUUCUGUUUAUUAAUUCUAUCAAAGCUAUAUAAUUCAAUAAAGGUAUGUACAUUUCUGAAUAACAAUUUGUACUUGGUUGUA